CCACUGAAACCACAGGCACACACUCCCUCUCCUUCCCUCUCCUUCCCUCUCUCCCUCUCUCUUUCAUCCAGAUUGUGGCAGACGGAGAGGCAAGGACAAAAACCCAACCACGAUCACUGAGAGCCACACCACAGGUUGCUGUCCAGGAUGGCAGGGAUGAAGGAGCAACAGAUCACGGAAGAGAAGCCCCUGCUGCUGGAGCAAAGAGGACCGGACACAGACAUGCAGGAUAAAGGAGAGGAGGCAUCGGGGGGACUCCCAUGCCCCGAAAGCCCCGCGCCCCCUAAUGAACCCCCUCCCCCCCGCCGCCCCACUCACCGCUGGCAUGCCUUCGCACGGCACUGGCUCCGCCAGACCCGCCGUCGGACCAGCGGGGUCCUCCCGGACUGCCCUGACCAGCUGAUGCCCCCAGGCGACUGGAAGGAACACGAUGUCGAGACCCCACACGGGAUGCUGCAUGUGGUGAUCCGAGGGGCCCCCAAGGGAAACAAGCCUGCUAUCCUCACCUACCAUGACGUGGGACUGAACCACAAGAUGUGCUUCAACCCCUUCUUCAACAACGAGGACAUGCAGGAGAUCACCAAGCACUUUGUGAUUUGUCACGUCGACGCCCCAGGACAACACGUUGGAGCUUCACAGUUCCCACAAGGGUACCAGUAUCCCACUAUGGAGCAGCUGGCUGGGAUGCUGCCCACUGUUGUGCAGCAUUUUGGAUUCAAGAGCAUCGUCGGGAUUGGAGUUGGAGCUGGUGCAUAUAUUCUGGCCAAGUUCGCUCUGAUCUUCCCUGACAUGGUGGAGGGUUUGGUUCUGCUCAACAUCGACCCCAAUGGCAAAGGAUGGAUUGACUGGGCUGCCACCAAGCUGUCAGGUCUGACCAGCACUAUUCCAGAUACUGUGCUGCCACAUCUUUUCAGCCAGGACGAAAUGGUGAACAACACAGAACUGGUUCAGAGCUACCGACAACAGAUAACCAACUCCGUCAACCACCACAACCUCCAGCUUUUCUGGAACAUGUACAACAGCCGGAGGGACCUGGAGAUGAACCGCGGUGGAACAGCGAUUAAUGCUAAGACCUUGAAGUGUCCAGUGAUGCUGGUUGUGGGAGACAACGCGCCCGCUGAAGAGGGAGUGGUUGAGUGCAACUCCAAGCUGGACCCAACUAACACUACUUUCCUAAAGAUGGCUGACUCCGGUGGACUUCCACAGCUCACACAGCCAGGAAAGCUGACUGAAGCCUUCAAGUAUUUCCUGCAGGGAAUGGGCUAUAUCGCUAAUGUGAAGGAUCGAAGGUUAAGUGGAGGGCCAGUGCCCUCCGCCAGCAUGACCCGCCUGGCUCGCUCCAGGACGGCCUCCCUGACCAGCGCCGGCUCCGUGGAGGGGUCCCGCUCCCGCGCCUGCACCAACUCCGACAGCGGCGAGGGGGUUGGCGCCGUCUCCCAGACCAUGGAGGUGUCCUGUUGAGGAGCCACAGGGAGAAAGGGAGGAAGAAGGGUAGUGGAGGGUGGAGAGGGAAGAACGGGAUCAAAAAUUGGGCCUGAUGAUGAGUGUUUGCUGACGGCUUUCUCUCUCUCUGUCUUCAUCUUUGUCUGCCAUCUUCUUCCCCCGGUCACUGUAAAAUACCAUCUGUCCUGCUUCUGACACACACACCCAGCAGACCUUUGAAUAUCCAACCAAGCCUCCCCUCGCCCAACACUUAAAGAUUUAAACUGCUGGUUUUGCUCUUGGAAGUGUCAUUCUUGUGUUUGCUAAGUGUGUUCCUCAUUUAAUUUGCCUGUGCCCCCUUUGACCACCCCACCACCCCCAAAAGACACACACACACACACACCCAUCUAAACAAACAACUCUUUACCCAGACACCGAUGUUUAAUUAAAAAGCUGCUGUUAACAUUUGAUUGAAAGGCAAAAAUGAGGAGGGAAGCAGGACUUUUGGGGGCGCCACAAAGGUAAAUUAAUGAAAAAACAGAGUAAUGCAUGUGAAUUUUGGAAAGUACUUCAUGUUAUUAGUGAGAAGUUGGGAGCAUCUCUCUCUGCAGUGCUUGUAAGGACGCUGAUCUGGCGCCAUGAGUGGCCAGGUGAGAACAAAAAGGUGCGUCCAGAGUCGAACAGAUGGCAUCAUGCCGUCCUACCGUAGCCGAGUGCACCUGUAGCUCUUAGACAUGAUGUGUUAGUUUAUUUUAGAGCCUAGUUAGAGCAGAGCACGCUGAUUUAAAGCUGCAUUUGGUCUGAAUCUAUAUUGAUUCAAAAUACAACAAUGUGAUGUUGUCAUCUUCCCCAACCUGGCUUUAUAUUUACUAAGAACUGAAGCAGAGGGAAGGGUUAGUGUAUGAGGGAUUUUUAUGCAAGAUGACAAUCUGGAGCUGCGUGGUCUCAUGUGAGGCCCUGACAUGCAGUUUCUGAAGAAUGUGCAUUUUAAUUUACAAGAAAGUAAAAACACUUAAUACUUUUUCAGACGGUUGUAGUUGUAUUGUGCAUUUUUAUCACCACAUUGUGGCAAAGAUUGGAACUAAGCUUUCCUUUCUUAAAUCUUUCACUGCACAAUUUCGAUGUUUUAGUUGAGCUCAUCUAUAAAAGCGUAUAGAUUUUUAGAUAUUUUUUUUUAAAAUGUUGCAUUUUUGGAUUAUUUUAAAUGAAUGAUGGUCAUACUGACCUGGGAAAGGUAUAGAAACUGUUUCAUAAGCAUGUUUGUAUUAUUUGUUCGUUCUAGCAUGAAAUACCUCAAGAUCUGAGCAAGUUUAGAGGUUUAUGAGAAUGCUAUUAGUACUUGAGAAUGAAAAGAGUAUUUUAUGUUAGUUAGCAUGACUGUACAAAUAUAUUUUAGGUCUUUUAAAGCACUUCUCUGCAUCUUUCAAAAGAAAGAUGCACCAAUACUACACUCAGAGAUUUGGAAUUAAAAUUUUUUUUUGCUUGGUGGCCGAUGAAUGGUGAUAAAAACAAUCAAAAUUUUCCCACCCUGUUUAAUAAAUGCAUCAAAAUUAAGAAGUCACAUUAUUUUCAUUGUAUUAAUGCAUGUGGGCAACAGCAAGUACUUUGAUGCACUUUUUUUAUUUAUUUAAAAAAAAAAUCAGAUAAAGUUUAGGAGCAAGUGGUUUAAUGCAUAAAUGAGGGAUAAUCUUGUGUUUUUGCUCUUUGUUGGAUUUAAAUCUACUACCUCUAUCACAAAAGCUGGAGCGCAUUUCUUCUCUUCUGUGUAUUAUAGUCCUUAGAAUGAAAGACAAUAAGCCAGAAAAAGCCUGGUCAGUGCUUCUCUGCUCUCUAACUGAAAUAAUUUCAGGAAAAUCUCUUUUUUUUUUCUUGAUUCUGACAGGCCAGGCAGGUGAACAUGACUGCUGUAUUGGUAUAAACUAUAUGGCUGUUGAAGCUGAAAUUUUCGGUAUUACUGCAAUCUGCUAAGUGCAGCUUUAAGGUGUGUGUAGGUCACUUCAUGCUAAAGAAAAUCCAAUACAUAAACAUAGUGUAGAGGUAUUUAUUAACACAUAUUUGCAUGUCAAUGUAAAUCUUAGGGCAUUCCUGUGUCAGUAGUAUGUAAUAAUAUGAGCAUUUUUACUAGGAUAAAAUAGAUGGAUGUUUAGAGUAAUAGUUGCAACACCCAUCAUCGAUCUGAAGCUCUUCUGCACGGACCUAGUCCUGGCCGUAGUCGGCUAAGUGUGAUCACCACCGUGACAAUCCCAGUCUGACCAGAAACCAGACCAGACCAGGUUUAGAGAGCCAAGGUAUUAGGACUGGGCCAAACCUGGCUGGCACCAAAGAACUACCCUUACAGCACUCAGCCCUUUUGCGUGGAUAUACCAAAGCUACACCCUCAUACUGUACACUCUCCACACACACAAGCACACACUUUCACUCAUUUACUGAAAGGAAAGAUGCGUGGGCUGGGUGUUGUGACGGAAACGCCAAAGAAACGACUGAAACACACAAAAUUUACACAAACGAAAGAACUCAUCGCUUCGUGGUCAGUGAGUGAUUUGGUGUUUAGCCGUAAUCUGACUAGUUUAGCGCUUUUAGUCGUGCAUAUAUACAGCGAGAGUAGUUUGUGACUAGAAAAGGCACGUGCUGUUGUCUGCUGUGAACUCGGACCACCUUUACUGAUACUAAACGUGGCGCUCCCUGGUUUUAUUAGCUGCAUCAGUGUCCAGUAUAUUCAUGUAACACCGCUUCACCUGUUACUGAUUUCAGUUUUUAAAAAGUAUGAAACAAAACAUUUCAGUCCCCUUUAGGAAGGGACAUAGCUUCCAAACAUUGAGGUGUGUGUUCCCUGAGGCGGCCUGUCAGAGGCGGGGCUGUUUUGGCGCCAUUUGGGCUCCAAGCUCGGAAUGUAGGGCAACCCCCAGCCACCUUUAAGUAAAAAAAUACCCACUCCCCAAAAAAAAAAAAAAAUCACAAGGUGCCCCGGCUCUCACAGGCAAGCCCAGCCGCACCCUAAAGGGCUAUCAGCUGAAGUCACUUUUCAAGAGUGUUGUAGUAACUGCUCUGGAACACCAGGGGGCGACGGAGGGCACAAAAAAGUGGACGUUAAAGCAGAACAGAGAGAGAUGCUACCAUGAAAUAUAAUUGAGUGAAUGUUAAAAGAAAAGAAUGUGAAUCUGUUGAAGCAUGAGAGAUUAACUGUUGUUCAUAUUUAAAAAAUGUAAAAAUAAGCUGAAGAUGGAUUAUGAGAUCAAAUCAAAACACCCUGCGAAGGAAUUUCAAACAUUCGAAGGCUGCACGUAGCGGAGUUCACGUUCAAUCAUCAUUCAGUGUUUCUUCUUUUCACAAAAAAGCUAUUUUCUGCCAUCUUACACUCUGGUUUAACUCCCACACUACUUCAACCCACACUGCCUGGGGGCCUCCUGAAUGUAUCUUGUCCCUUCUUUGAAGUGCUGUACGGUAUCGUCAUCCUACACCUCGAUCUCACCACGGUUUGCACUUCUUCUUUGUGCCCCCACAACGCUGACAUUCAACCCUGAACAUGAAAACAGCAGCUCUUUCCUCCGCCUCCCUCUCCGAAGGUCUUUAAACAGAAACGUCCGCGGCACCCUGUCAGCGGCUCUCUGGAUCGGUUCAUUUAGACCUCCUCGCUCGUGUAGAUACUUUUUAUUUCUAGAGCAGGUUACCAUCACCAAACACUAAUACUACUGUAACGUGAGAAAACACAUUUCUGUUUCUCUCCCCUGAGUUUUUUUUUUUAUAGUUAGCUGUAGGGUGUAACCUCAUCUUGGUAUAAAGAUCUUGAUUAACGUGUACUACUACUCUUAUGCUUCUACUUACUGCCAAUAUUAUUGAUUUGUAUGAAGCAAUAAGGUAUUUUCUUUUCUUGUUUGUUUCAUAUUGUGGGAGUCUUCCCUGUUAACUUGUUUCUAUUCACAACAGUAGAAAGACUCUUACCUGCUUUGUUGUCAUUCAGAUGUGUAAUGUAAAAUUUAAAUAUAAUAUAUAUACUAUAUAAAUGCAAACUUAGCUGUCUCUGUCCAUGUACUGGUCAAGUAACAAGAAAUAAAGACUUGAUGUCAUCA